AUGCGUGACAUUCAUGGAACCUUCUCCAACGACCAUGUCUCCAUUCACCAGUAUAAGUAUCCAUAUCACUUGUACCGAUCGGAAGUGAGAACCCAUGAAACUUGCAUCCACGAAUACGCUACCGAGAUUCUCGCUACAAUGACGGCCGCUCUGGAAGCCGCCGCUCCAAACGUCAAGCUAUACAACAACCAGCCCUACGUGAGCCCGGUGGUUCGCUUCAAAUUGGUGGACUUCUUGCUCAAGAUGCUGGUACGCUUGAAAAUCUUACCCUUUGUGUUCUACAGGGCAGUGCGCAUUUUUGAUCGCUACUGCCUGAAGCGCAUUGUGCUCUUAGACCAGGCACAGCUUAUCAUCACCACAUGCUUGUGGAUUGCUGCUAAAAUCAACGGCGGUAAUAACCAUUUUGCUAACAUGUCGUCGGACCGCAAAAACAACACUGUUAACACCAUCUCUGACUUGGGUUACGGUGGAGGUGCAAGAUUUAGAGGCCCCACCGAGAGGUACAGGUUGCCCAAAUUGAAUGAGUUGAUUAAACUUUGUGGUUCCCGUUGCAACUAUGAUGCCGAGAUGUUCAAACAAAUGGAAAUGCAUAUCAUGACGGCAUUGGACUGGCGUCUUAACGACCCAUCCAUCGAAGAGUACAUGGUGUACUCGCAUGAGUAUAAGGUCACUGAAGAUGAGCCAUUGGAGGCCAAGCUCGGCGAGUUCUUCAAAAUGAAAGAGUUUGUUUCUUACGCAAGCUGUUACGCCUACGAGCUCGUGGGUUACUCGCCAUUACAGGUGUCCAAAGUUGUUGUCGACUUGAUCAAUGAGACCUUCUCGUUGCGCGAGCUGGACCUUCGCUUCCAAACCCUCAAUCAAUCCAUCCUUGUCGACGAGGCGGUGGUGGACUUCAAAGCCUACCGCGACAUCCAAAAGCAUUUGGUGCAAGCAAUUGUCAAGGCUCCACCUUACCUCUUGCAAAUGUUUGCUUCCAGAGGCCCACAACUGCUUCACCUGCUCUUGGCAUCUAACUACAGACCUGCUAAUGUCUCAUCCUACACUGCAUCGAUGGUGCUGGAGCCCUCUUCGGCCUCCAGCUCGGUGUUCUCGGAGUACCAUGCUACUUCCAACUACAGCUACGCAUCUCCAGCACCAUCCAUCCACAACACUGAAUACACAGGCGAAUUUGCACCAAAGUCAGUCUUGGACCCAAAAUUUCCAGAAGGGUUCGCCCCCAUCACUCGGCGCCCACCCCGAAUGGCCCCGACCCCAGACUUCGACGCCCUACACUCCAACAGCCACCACUACCCUCCCAUGUGUCCGCCCGCAUGCUCCACUUACCUUCGGAACAACGACAGCCAAGUGAGCCUCCGAUCCGCAUCGUCAAAAGACCAGGAGAUCUUCGACUACGAUCCGGCCCGGUACGGCAUCUCGACGCCAAUGAGCGUCGAUGAAGAGUUCAAGCAUGUUCCUGAGGGCAAGGCAAAACGACGGGCGUUCUAG